AUGUCUGACGCAAAAGCCUCUGGCGCUCAGCCCAAUCUUGCCGCUUUGGCAAGCAAGAACUCUCAGGCUGUUCGCCGACGUGCAGCACAACAGGCGGCAGCGAAGCCCAACUCGCCACGAGCCGCUGGUGCGGGUGGAUCGUCGUCCACGAUGAUGCGGCUGUACACAGACGACAGCAAGGGCCUCAGCGUCGACCCCGUGGUCGUUUUGGUGCUGUCUAUCGCUUUCGUGUUCUCGGUUGUGUUGCUUCACAUCAUCGGAAAGUUCAUGAGGUGGUUCUCCAAGUGA